AUGGGACUACAGGCGAGGAAACACAUUUCUUCCCUCUCCCCGAUGCCCAGGUGCGCCGUCCCGUCCCUCCGCCGCCGUAAUUCCUUUCCUGCCUCCCCCGGAAAGAAGGGGACACCUUCCCGCCCCGCCGGCCUCUCCCGGGAGCCGGCCCUACCCGAGGGCGGCCCCCGCCGUCCCCUCCGCCGGUGCCCGGCGGGCCCGGGGCCGCCGCCGCCGGGCGGGAGCGGCCGCAGGUCGCGGAGGGAGGGAGAGGGCGGGCAGGAGCCGCGCCCGCCCGGGCGGAGAGAGCGGCAGCCGCAGACCCCCCCCCCCCCGCGGACCUCCACGGCACUGGGGUCCCCUCGGGGCGGCCACUCCCCCCGCGGGGACGGCGAAGGGCCCGGCGGCUGCGGCGCGGCGGGACGCGAGCGCGGGAGCGCCGCCGCUGCCGCCAUCUCUCACCUCCCCGCCCCGGACAAACCUCCAACCGCCGCUUCCUCUUCUGCCUCGGCGUCCCGGCCGCGGGGAAGCGGGGCGGAGGAGGAGGAUGCGGCGGCAGAUCCGGUGUCUCUACCGGGCUGCGGAGGCGGCGGCAGCCCCCGGGCGCGCAGGCGCUGCCGCUCCCCCGCCUCCCCCUUCUUCUUCUUCUUCUCCUCCUCCUCCUCCUCCUCUCCCCCCCCCCCCGCCCGCCGUUACGGAGCGCCGCGCCCGCCCCGUGUGCGCAUGCGCGGAGCGGGGAGCCGCCGCCGCCGAGGCCCGCGCGCCAGGCCCGCCCCCGGUUUCCUGUUCCCUCUCCCCCCGCGAGCGCCCCCUGCCCGCGCGCCGGGACAGCGGCGCUUCCCGCGGGACGUGGAGCGGGGCCCUCCCCCUGCGCCCUCUGCUGGGAGGAGUGACUCACAGAGUGACAGGCUCAAUUAG